AUCAUCCCGGAAGUCUGGGCCGAGUCUGGGGCAUCACCCCAUCACAAACACAGAACAACACACGCUUUUGUUCUGAAACCUCACGUGCAAGUUCAACAUGGACUCCCCAGUGGUCAUACUCGAUAAUGGGGGCUAUACGGUCAAGGCAGGCGUCGUUGGCGUGCAUCCGGAACCAUUAAUUGUCCCGAACGCGGUCAUUCGUUCCAAAGGCGACAAGGAAACGUACGUCGGACACGAAUACGCGAGAUGCUCCGACUUUUCUUCCUUGCACUUCCGGCUACCCAUUGAGAAGGGUUUCGUCACAGACUGGGAUGCUCAGAAGGCCGUCUGGGAUGGGGUAUUUUCCAAGGAAUGUCUGAAUAUAGACACUCAGCAAUCCACCUUGCUCUUGACUGAGCCGUACUUUAACCUUCCCAAUCUGCAAAGGACCUACGAUCAAUUUAUUUUCGAAGAGUAUGAAUUCAGGUCAUACUGCAGACGGACGCCCGCCUCUCUCGUACCAUACGGCUCUCUCUUCGCUCAGCCAGGCCUUCCGCCGCCCGAAUGCUCGCUGAUCCUCGAUUGCGGAUUCAGCUUCUCGCACGCGAUUCCAGCCAUCAAUGGCCAUGUUCAAUGGAAUGCUGUCAGACGCGUCGAUGUCGGCGGCAAGCUCCUCACCAACCACCUCAAAGAGCUCGUCUCCUUCCGCCAGUGGAACAUGAUGGACCAGACGGUUGUCAUGAACCAUGUCAAGGAGACGUGCUGCUUUGUGUCGCUGGACUUUGCGCAGGAUUUGGAGAGGGCGCGUCACGACCGCAGCACCACCCUCUCCUACGUCCUCCCCGACCUCACGAAGUCGCCGCACGGGCAUGUCAAGAGCGCGAAUGACAUAAACGUCGACGGCGCGAACGACAUGGACGUGGAUGGCGCGAAUGACAUGGACGCCGACGGCGCGACUCGAAAGAACGUCGAUUCCGCGACUCGCAAAGACGUUGACGCAAGUCAGGUGCUGCUAAUGGGCAACGAACGCUUCAGCGUGCCAGAGCUGCUGUUCACGCCGAGUGAUAUAGGCCUUGAUCAAGCCGGCAUCGCGCACGCCGUCGCGUCCUCCAUCGGCGCCCUCCCGGACGACCUUCAGGGCAUGUUCUGGGCGAAUAUCGGGCUUGUGGGCGGGUGUACGAAGUUCAAAGGGUUCAGGGAGAGGUUAAUGCUCGAACUCGAACGCCUCGCGCCAACAGACUGCGAGGUCGUGAUAUAUGACUCGGAUGACCCCAUUACCGUCCCCUACCACGGCGCCCACGCCUUCGCCUCGGCGCCCGACUUUGAUUCGCACACCAUCACCCGAGCCUCGUAUUUCGAGCACGGUAGCCAGCGGCACGACGACGACUGGCGACCGCUGGAGGCGUAUGCGCAGGCCAAAGGCCGCGUCCGUCGUGACACCACAAGCGGCACACACGAGGAGGGCGAUGAUGGGGGCGAGGGAGGUGGCGGGGGUGAUGGACAGAAGGAUACCGGGGACGACGAACGCACGACGGAGUCAGAGGCUAGUGAGGCUAGUUCGGAAGAGUCCGCGCCUAGGAAGAGGAGAAAGUCAUUGAGGGGUGAAGGUAGUAGAGGUGGAAGGGGCGAGGGAAGUCGGGGAGGUGGUAGGGGAAGGGGCGGUCGACGACGGCGUGGAGCUGCGGAGGGUGCAUUGGUGGCGGAGUAGGUGAUAGGCGGUACUAGACCGACAGCGAUACCUCGGGGAACAUCAAGCUCGAGCGCUCUGCA